UUUCUCAACAAUCUUCAUCAGGAGAAGGAGAGGGCUCUUCAGGUCAGCGUUGAGGCAGCCAGCAGUGAACCCCGGUCGGCAUCUCCCCCCGACCCCGCAGAUGAUUCGACUCCGGACGGGGAAGCAAACAGACUGUUGGAGUGGCCUCAGUUGGAGCUGGAGCGAGUUAACAGUUUCUUGACCAGCCGUCUGGAGGAGAUCAAAAACACCAUAAAAGACUCCAUCCGUGCCUCCUUCAGCAUGUACGACCUCAACCUGGACGUCAACGACUUCCCAAAGAAGGCGGCGACGCUGGAAGGAAACCAUCUGCUGUCUCACCUCAACGGAUCUUCUGAUCUGCAGCAGAUAGACUUGGAUCUGGCACCGCUCUCACUGAGGAACUUCAAGAGAGACCUGGAUAUAGUUAAUGGUUGGGAGGACACCACCACUGCAGCCAAAGACAUCCAGAGGCUUCAAUCCACGCCAAGUCUUUCCAAGCUCAUCCGUGUGCGGUCACCAGAACGAAGCCCUGCCACGGGUUCAGAGUCCAUCCAGCCUGGCACUGCAUCUGCGGCCAAGCCCAACGAUGCGGUCCUCGAAACCAAAACCACAAAUGGAGCUGGAUCCAAGGCAAAGAAGGGUAAGAAACAGCAGAAUCAGAGGCACCAGGAGCAGGCGACUCAGGAGCAAGUGUCCAGUACGAAAACGGCAAAAACUGAGAUGCACAAAGCGCAGGAAACAAGGGCAGCUGAUUCCGAUAAAAACACCAAAGGUGGAUCCAAACAGAACCACCAGACUCAGCAGCAGGCAGACUCGCAGAAAACAGGAAAUAAGAGAGCAGAAGAGGUCAAAGCUUGCAAGCAGUCAUCCAAUGGAGCCUCAAACGGUCACCAUAAUACAGGGUCUAACACGCAGAGGGGGAAGAAUGACCUCUCGGACACACGGGGAAACAGGUCGGAGCAUGAUAUAGACACUAAAACCACCUCCAAUGCUCCCAGUUCACAGCAGCAAGCACAGCAACCGAAGGGAAAGACUAAAAAUAAGAGCAAAAACAAGACGGAAAAAUCGAAUAACACAAUCGAUGAUGUGUUCCUUCCCAAAGAUGUCGACCCUACAGAAAUGGACGAGAUUGAUCGUGAAGUUGAAUAUUUCAAGAGGUUUUGUCUUGACUCUGCUAAACAAACCCGACAGAAGGUGGCUGUGAACUGGUCCAACUUCAGCCUCAAAAAGAUGCCCUCAAAUGCAGCUCAGUAACAGAUAGGUGAUGGUAAACAGACCCCCCCCUCUCCUCCCAGCAAGACUGUACUAAAAACCAGUUUGGC